AUGCCAGUCAGGAUGCUUCUUGGCAUAGGGGCACCUCGCUGCCUGUCGCUUCUUCUGCUGCUCGUCUGUCUGGUACCAUGGACCCUGGGCUGCCCGGUACUUAUCCACAGCUGCAAGUGUGUAGGUGAGAGGUCCAAACCCAGCCUGAGUCCUGCCAAUGGCCCUAGGAAGAAAGUGGUGUGUACCAAUGAGGAGCUGUCAGAAGUGCCCGACCCUGCCCUGCUGCCCAACAAGACUGUGACCCUAAUUCUGAGCAACAACAAGAUAAGCACAAUACAGAGCAACUCCUUUUAUGGACUUAAUAUUCUGGAGAAACUGGAUCUGAAGAAUAACCUAAUCAGUAGGCUGGAACCUGGCGCUUUCUUGGGGCUCUCCGAGUUAAAGAGGCUAGACCUCUCCAACAACAGAAUAGGUUGUGUAACAGCCACUGCUUUUCAGGGCCUGAGCAGCCUAAAUCGCCUGUCACUUUCAGGAAAUAUCUUCUCAACCUUGAAUCCUGGGGUGUUUGAUGAGGUGCCUUCCUUGAAAGUUGUGGACUUCUCAACCGAACAUCUUACCUGCGACUGUCACUUGCGAUGGAUUGCAUCAUGGACCAAGAAUGGCACUGCCCAAGUUUCAGACAAGACGAUGUGUGCCUAUCCCAGUGCCCUUAGAAACCGACCACUGAGGAGUCUGCGGGAAAACCAACUGACCUGCGAAGGGACUCCUGAGCUUCACACCCACCAGCUUAUCCCAUCUCUACGGCAAGUUGUGUUCCAGGGGGACCGUUUGCCCAUCCAGUGCACAGCCAGUUAUUUGGGCAACAGCAGCCAGAUCAUCUGGUACCACAAUGGGAAGCAGGUGGAAGAGGAAAAGGAGAUGGGCAUAAUAUUUGAGGAGACCAUUAUCCAUGACUGUACCUUUAUUACCAGUGAGCUGUUACUCUCCAACAUAUUGCUGUCAGCCAAUGGAGAGUGGGAAUGCAUAGUAUCGACUGAGCAAGGAAAUAUCAGCAAGAAGGUGGAGCUGGUGGUUCUGGAAACCUCUGCAUCAUACUGUCCAGCCGAGAGGGUGUCCAACAACAGAGGAGACUUCAGGUGGCCCCGCACACUGGCUGGUAUCACUUCCCACCAGGCCUGCUAUCAGUAUCCUUUCACCUCUAUUUUGCCAAAUGGCACGGGACAGGAGAUGAAGGCUUCCCGUAGAUGUGACCGCUCAGGACGCUGGGAGGAGGGCGAUUAUUCCAACUGUCUGUAUACGAACGACAUCACCCGAGUGCUCUACACUUUUGUGCUGAUGCCAGUCAAUGCAUCCAAUGUGCUGAGCCUGGCUCACCAGUUGCGAAUGUACACAGCUGAGGCAGCCAACUUUUCUGACAUGAUGGAUGUCAUUUACGUGGCUCAGAUGAUGGAGAAGUUUGUUGGGCUGGUGGACCAUGUUAGACAGCUGGCCGAUGUCAUGUUGGAGAUGGCCAGCAAUAUGAUGCAGGUAGAUGACCACAUCUUGUGGAUGGCCCAGGUUGAAGACAAGGCAUGCAGCAGCAUUGUCCAGACUUUGGAGAAGAUUGCUGGCCUGACUCUUAGUAGUAAUUCUCAGGACCUGUCUCUGAGCACUCGUAACAUAGCUUUGGAAGCAUUCCUCAUCAAACCUGAAAGCUUUAUUGGACUUGGCUGCACUGCUUUUCAGAGAAGAGAUGGGCAUCGGGGUGGUCACCGGCGUGAGAAGGACAGGAGGGAAGAAGAAGUAGAAUCACAUGCUGACCUGAGGCUUAAGUUUCGCUGCACGACUGGGCACAUCAAUGUCUCGACGCACCACUUCCAUGCUAAGAAUAACCAUGCCUUAGCUGCCGUGCAUCUUCCUCCGAGCCUCUUCGCCUCCACCUCCUCUUCCACCUGCAAGCUACAGGUCCUGGCUUUCAGGAACGGAAAGCUAUUUAGAAGCGUUGGAAACUCAUCGCGGCUCGCUGAAGACGGGAAGAGAAGAAGUAUUUCCACUCCUGUUAUAUUUGUGGGAACAAGAGGUUGUGGCAAUACUAAUUUCACCGAUCCAGUAACAGUCACUCUCAGGCACCUGGUGAUGGGAUCCAACCCACUUCCUGCCCAGUGGAAUUUUAAAGCCUUGGAGGGAUAUGGAGGGUGGAGCUCUGAAGGAUGCCAACUUGUUUCUGAGAAACCCAACAUAACGAUCAUGAAGUGCCAUCAGCUGAGCAACUUUGCCAUUCUCACUGAGCUGAACAGGUUUCCCCAGGAGGCUCAAAAUGGAACUGAGAUCCUUCAUCCAGUUAUCUACUCUUGCACAGCGAUUCUUCUCUUGUGCCUCUUCACCACAAUCAUAACCUACAUAGUAAACCACAGCUCUAUCCAGAUCUCCAGGAAGAGCUGGCACAUGCAACUCAACCUCUGCUUUCAUAUAGCGAUGACUUCAGCAGUGUUUGCAGGAGGAAUUACCCUGACUGGAUACAUCGUUGUGUGCCAAGCUGUCAGCAUCAUUCUGCAUUAUUCUUCCUUAUCAACCCUGCUUUGGAUGGGCCUCAAGUCCAGAGUAAUUUACAAAGAACUAACUCACAAGCCCCAACCACAGCAAGAAGGAGAGGCCAAUCAGCCUCCACAAAGGCCAAUGCUUAGGUUCUACUUAAUUGCUGGAGGAAUCCCAUUGAUCAUUUGCGGGAUCACUGCUGCAGUCAACAUAAACAACUACAGGGAUAACAGCCCUUAUUGCUGUUUAGUCUGGAGGCCAAGCCUUGGAGCAUUUUAUGUCCCAGCAGGAUUAAUUCUUCUUGUCACCUGGAUUUACCUGUUGUGCGCUGGAAUAAACCUAAGACGUCAGCCAGCUGAACAAAAAGAUGUGCCAGAGACAAAUGACCCUCAGCAGCAAAGUGGGGGCAUAAGCCAUCUACUAAGUGAUUCAAGCUCAAUAUCAUUGAAUAUUAAUUCAGCAGCUCCUGUGGCAGAGGUUGACAAUGUAUAUUCUUUGGAGGUACAGUUCUGGGCCCUGUUGAUUGUCCAUAUUCUCUACAUCGCACUCUGGGUGUUUGGAGCUUUUGCUGUGUCACAGGGCUGGUAUCUCAAUAUAAUUUUCAGUUGCCUUUAUGGGUUGACAGCUGUGGCUCUUGGACUUUUCAUCUUUAUUCAUCACUGUGUGCGACGGCAGGACGUUCAGCGAUCUUGGUUUGCCUGCUGCCCAUCGUACACGGAAGCUUUGCCUGUUGAAGCAUAUGUAAAAACUGGAUCCCCUGUGGAUGACCCACCUCCCGUGUACAAUGGAUGUAACCCAGAGAUGGCAAAUUCAAUCAAAGCUUCAUCCUCGCCAAGCAACAGCAGUAACUCUAAUACUGGGCCCUGCAAGAUCACAAACUUGCAGGUGGCCCAAAACCAAGCUGAGAGCUGCCCACCAAAACAAGCCAGCUGUGAAGAGAGUGAACCUGCCAACAACAAAAACGUGCCAGUUCCCAGUAGGUACAUGAACAACCUUCAUACUCGCCGGAACCAUAAAAGUAGAAGUAAGCAGUAUCGUGAUGGGAAACACCACAGGUUAAAGGUGCUUCGAGGACCCUCUUCCGAUCAACAUUCCAGUGAGAGUGGAAGUAUCCACAACAGUCACUCUGAGAGCUACCAUAGCAGAAACAGUCCAUUAAAUAAUGGCAGAACUGGGGGGGAAGCUCGGGAACCAGAGGGGGCAAUAACUCACUCUGAAGGGAGUGACAGCAGUGGGCAUCAUGCACAGAACUUUGCCAAGGCACAAAGGAAAAGUGCAAGUCGGGAUAACCUAAAACAAGCAAACAGCAUGGAAAGGGAGUCCAAACGGCGAUCCUACCCACUCAACACUGCUAACCAGAACGGUGUUCUAAAGGGUAGCAAAUAUGACAUUAAUUUUGCACCUCCUGAAAACACCACAGUCAUGAAAACUGGGCUUUGGAAGAGUGAAACCACCGUGUAGCCUUAAGUGCAGGGAUUGCGCCAUGAUAUGAAGAAGUGUCUUGACUCCACACUAAUGCAUACUAGGAACUGGGCUCUCCCCAGGCUCAGCUGAUUGCAGAUUGCUCGGUGGAGAUAGCAGGACUUCUAAGGGAAACAGAAGCCGUACCCAGAUGUCCAUGUUUGGAUAAAGGCAUGCACAACAAUGGCAUAUGUAAAAGUAUACAUACAUGCUUGGGAGAACUGCCCCCUAUAGGAAUCCAGUUUAUAGAGGAAUUUCAUUCAAAUCCUCAAGAUGUAUCCUUUACAUCUCUGGUAUAUAAUGAUCACAACCACAACGAUACCUCAUCCCAAUCAGGCACCAUAAUGCACUUAUCCUGUGUCUUGCACUUGCACUCAGUCCUAUAUUGAUUCCAAGAUCUUGUACGGUUAAUGCUUUGGGUAUAAUGUAUGAAACUCCAUUUAUAUGGAAUACAUUUGUUUUACCCUAAACCAAUGGGCGAAUAGUGGAUUAUUUUCUCAAGCAGAUAUCAAAUGUGCCUUAUUAGAAACAUUUCUGUUUUCUAUUCCUACCGUGCACUUUCAAAGUACUGGCAUCUAGUGGAAUUGUGGGAUGAUCUGAAUAACCAUGUCUGAUUUUAAUCUUUUGCACCUUCCUGCAAACUUUUAUACAAUUUCUGAAAUCUAAUUUCAAAAUUCAACAACUUGCCAAUUGGAGCCUUCAGAGGAUGGACUGCCUUGGUUUUAUUGCAAUGAGUCGUUCAAUAACAAUCGUACACAUAGGACUGUUAAAAGCAGACCUGUUUGCCCUCAGAUAAUCCUGUUUCUAAAACAAAGGGCAAGUAAAACAAAGACGGACAAUCAAUUUAGAUAUUCAAAUAUUUGUAAAUCAUUUUUGCAUGGUAUGUUUAUUGUUAUUAAAAGAGGAAAAUGUUUAUUUUUCAAAUAUAGAAUUUUAUUGUAUAUAUAGAUAGAACAGGAUCCAAUUUUUCAGAACUGUAUAUUUCUAUAUCCGUAUGAAAUGUGUUGCCUUUUUCCCCCCCAAAAAAGCUGUAAGGUUAUAUAUAUAAGAACUGUAUGCAAUAUUCUGGUACCUGCAGAAGUGCCAAGGGAAAAGCAAAUUGUAAACGUAAUGUCAGGAUAUGCUCACUUACUGUAAUUCCAGUCUAUAAUGAAGUGUGAUUAACAGUAAUUACUAGAAGUGCUACUAUAAGCAAUAGUAUGCUAUGGCGUACAGACAAAGUGCCUUCAAAAAUCUAUGAUAACCCAAAGAACCUCAGUUAUGGAAGUGACUGCCUAAAAAUGAAUUAACAACACUCAUUCGGGAAACCAAAGCUACGCGAAUGCCAUCCCACCGGCGAUUUACAUUCUUGCCGGUGGGAUUGCAUGUCUGGGAGAUUAGUUACCUGCAAUAGUGAAGAUUUAUUGCGGGCGACUUCUCUUUCCAUGUGUCACUGCUCUAAGGGUGUGAUUUAUCAACAUUUGAAUCCAUUUUUUUUGCACUAAAAAAUAUUCAAAUAACGGUCAAAAACUUGAAUGUUCAAUAUUUAUAAAGUGCAAAAAAUCCUAGAAUUUGUAAAAACUUAAACAUCUAAAAGCUUGCGAGUUUAGAUAGAAGUCAAUGGGAGUUGUCCUAGGCAAAAUCAAACCAUUUUUUUCCAUUGAAGUUUUUCUAGUUUGCGAACUCACAAAUUUGAGUUUUUCAUAUUCAGUUUUCUUAAUAAAUAAGCAAACAUUCAACUUUUUUUUUUAAAAUGUGAAUGUUUAUUCAAAGUAGAAAAAACUCUGAAAUUCACAAACUUGAAAACUGAUAAAUAAGCCCAUAAGUGCCAUAUGCAUUAGGAUUGCUAUAGCCAGAGAUCCAGAAAAAAAAUGUUUUGCUAUUGGGCUUAAGGCCCUGUUUGUAUAAAUCAACAUUUCCUUUCAUCUAAUUGGGAAUAAUGCUUUCUGAAGUGAUUAUCUCUUUUUAUAUGUGUUUCAAGGCUUUCCUAUUAAAGUUGUCCUUUACUCUAAGUCAUAUUCCUUCCCAGUGCCCUCUCCAUGUGUUGGUAAUGUUGGAUAAUCUUACAAUGCUACAUACUGAGUUUACAUCUUUAGGAUCGGCGCAUACAUCAUAAACGUGGAGAACAAGUAUAUAAAAUAGACCCCACCCCCAGUCUGCUCAUAGACAGAGCAUAGUUUAUGGAAUUCCCUGUACUAGGUGCAAUUAAACAAAGCUUAUCUUUAAGGGCAAAGUGUACAUUUUUAUCAUGUAAAUAAGCAUUUGCAAAUAGUGAUGUUACAGCCAAGUGUUGGCAGCACCUAGAGGUUGGCGGAAUGUUCCUUCUGCAUUAUGUUUGCUGCCUUUACAAACUUUGUGUUAACAGUUACACAUCCAUACAAUGAUCCUUAAAAGUGAUGAAAGUACUUAGGUUAAUGCUUUUCAGACUAGUGAGGAUGCUAGUUUAUCAAAUAUGUCAGAUCACAGGCAAAAAUGAAGAGUUUGCCACCUAUAAGGCUUCACCAAAACCAAAUACCGUGUACCAAAGAGAUGAUGUCCAAAGCAAAUUGUGUAAUCGUUUGAAUGCACCAGAAGACAUGUUUAAAACUAAAUAUAUAUUAAAUACUGUACCAAGAAA